AUGCCAAAUCCCAAACGAACACUUGGUGAUGCAAUUAUUGUGGUCGAUACAGAUGAUGAUACGAGUAGCGAGGAUGAUGAUCAAGAGGUUGUUGAAGUAAAACAUGUUGACCACACCAAACACACAUUAGAACCAAUCACCAAAAAGAAAAAAACACAUCCAUCACAGCACGAGUCCGUAACUCAUCCAAAGACCAUACCCCGAAAGGCAGCACAAACUUCUUCACUUAUUCAAUAUCAUGGAGAUAAAAUUUAUUACAAUCCGUUGGCCAAUGAAACAUCUAAUUCCGAACAUUUUCUAACACUUUCACAAAUUCUUGAAGUAAGAAAAGCUAAAAGUUUAUUUCUUUCUUCCUUUUGUUUGGAUUAUGAAUUUUUACAAACAGUCAUUCCCUUCGAAUCACUACAAAUUCCAAUCACCAUUUCUCAUCAUUGGGAUCAAACACAAGAAAAAGUUGGGAAAUCUUUAAUUCAACUUGGAAAAUGUCCAAUCUGUGUUUGUAAUCCGAAAUUACUUGGUCAAUACUCAAACAUGCAUGCUAAACUAUUUAUCAUUGAAUUUGAAGAAAAGAUUAGAAUUGUCAUAAGCUCAGCAAAUUUAACUCAAUUUGAUUGGCAAUAUUUCAAACAAGCAAUAUGGAUUCAAGAAUUUCCUAAAAAACUCUCUACAUCUAGUUGUAAAUUUGAAAAUGAUCUUGUUGAUUUUUGGCAACAUUUGACAGGCCUUCCAGGUAAUUUCUUAAGAAAAUACGAUUACUCGACAGCUAAGGGUGAAUUAAUUCCAUCCAUUCCUGGAUAUCACACCACUGAUAAGUAUGGACAUUUAGCCAUAAAAAAGUCCAUCGCUGCAAUGAAUUUUUCAACAACAGAAAUUCAACAGUUGAAAGAUUCUCCAUUGUAUUUUCAAAUGUCAAGCAUUGGAUCUAUGAACUCAAAUUACAUUGCUGAAUUGAGUGAUAGUUUUUAUGUAACCAAAACUAAGAAUCUAUUUCACAUUGUAUUUCCAUCAUUGGAUGUUGUCAGUCAAAGUCAUUAUGGAUUGAGAUGUGGUGGUAUGAUUCAUCUUCGAAGCAAAACUUAUGAAACUUCAACUUUUCCAAGAAAUGCAAUGAGUCAUUAUUCUCCAACUCAAGGUAAUCACUUGUCUCAUUCCAAAAUCAUAUUUCAUCAAUCGAACAAUAAUCCCAAUGUUGGAUUUAUUGUUAUUGGAUCUCACAAUUUGAGUCAAGCUGCAUUAGGAAAACUUCAAAAAAACAAUUCUCAAUUAUACAUUUCAAAUUAUGAAUUAGGAAUUGCCUUGAAAUUGGAUGUAUUUAAGAAUAAGGAAAAUAUGUCUUCUCAAAUACCUCGUCAAUCGGUGAGUUCCUCCUCCUCCUCCUCCUCGUCUUCCUCUCAAGGACAUGCACUCACCAAUGAACAAGUACAAUCACAAUUUGGACUGAUAUUACCUUUCAAAAUACCACCAACGAGAUAUGAUCACAAACAUGAUUCACCAUUCAUACUUGAGAAUGUUCAAGAUUUGUAUGAGAAUUAA